GCUGAGGGGCGGCAAGGGGGGGUGUGCCUGGAGAGAGCGGCCGUCCUGGGGCGGUUACGUGAGGGAGCGGCGGUCCUGAGCUGGGUGUGUGAGGGGUGGAGGUCCUCGUUUGGCUCUGUGUAGGGUUCGAGGUUCCUGUGUAGCUCCAUAAGUCCCCGGUGCAGUUAUGUGGUGGAACGGAGGCUGUGGUUCGGUUAUGUGAGGGGUGGAGGUCUUCGUGUGGUUGUAUGAACAGAUGGAGGUCUUCGUGUGGUUUGUUGAGGGGACAGAAGCCCUGGAGGGGUUACGUGAGGAGCUGGAGGACCUGGUAUGCUUAUGGGAAGAAAUGUAGGUCCUAUACGGUUGCAUGAGGGAUGGAUGCCCCGGUGCAGUUCGGUGAGGUGCUGGAGCCCGUGACACAAGAGAGGCUCUGUGAGAUGGAUACCCCAGUAUCAUUAUGUGAGGAGAUGGGGCCCUGGUAUGGUUUUGGGAUGAGACGGGGGGCCUUGGGAUGGAUGUGUGAUGGGUUGAAGGCGCUGCUGCAGUUCUGUGAGGGGAUAGAGGCCCCGGUAUGGUUACACGAAUGACAUUGCUUGAAGGCUCCACGUGCGUGGCUGAGGAGGACACCAAAGAGCAAUGCAGUUGGCUGUGCUGCUGUGGUUUCUGCCACGUGCAGCGGUUGCUGAGGAAGCAGGGUCAGCCUGGUGCUGGGCUGUGCGAGUGCAGAGGCUGCUGGCUGAGCUGUGGAUUCCAUCCCCACCAAAGACUGCUGGUCGGUGCUGUGCUCACAGCCAGGCUUGUCACUGCACUCGUCCUAUCAACCUGAUUUUCUUCACCGCUUCUGGGAACAGCAGGAUCCUAUUUCUCUGAGGGCAGAACGAGGGGAAUCUACGUGGCACCGUGUGCAGUGCUCGGUGUUAAGCUCUGAGAGCCCUCCUGAUGCUGCCUGGGAUUUACCCAUUCCUCUGUUCCCACAUCCCCAGCAAUGAGGGACAGCGGAGCAGCCCUCUCUGGAAAUGAGGAUUUCCAGCCUCAGGAACUGUGGGCUCUGGACAUCCCUUCCAGCACAGCCUGUGCAGUCCCUUCAGCCCCUGGCGUGAGCCGUGCACUGUGUAGGAGUGCAGGCACAGGAGUUGCUUCCUUCCAUCAAUUUCCAGCUCUGGAAAAGCACCCUCUCUCCUCAACCCCAUGCUGGAAGACGUGCUGUCGCUACCAGAGUCAGCCUGCUUGCAUUUCCAAGGGAGGGAGCAGAUGGAGGCUGCCCUGGCAAUCCUCAGCAUGGAAGUCAAGCUGGGAGCUGCCCGACUUGCGAGAAGGAAGAGUAAAAGCCAUCAGUGAUUCUGAUGGAGUGAGCUACCCCUGGUAUGGAAACACCACAGAAACUGUGACCCUGGUCGGGCCCACAAACAAGAUCUCCAGGUUCUCGGUGAGCAUGAAUGACAAUUUCUACCCCAGCGUGACGUGGGCUGUCCCUGUGAGCAACAGUAAUGUGCCGUUGCUGACCAGGAUUAAAAGGGACCAGAGCUUUACCACGUGGCUGGUGGCUAUGAACACCACUACCAAGGAAAAGAUCAUCUUACAGACUAUAAAGUGGCGGAUGCGAGUGGACAUUGAGGUUGAUCCCAUGCAGCUCCUCGGGCAGCGUGCUCGACUGGUGGGAAGGACUCAACAGGAGCAGCCCCGGAUCUUGAGCAGGAUGGAGCCCAUCCCACCAAAUGCACUAGUGAAACCCAAUGCCAACGAUGCCCAAGUCCUCAUGUGGAGACCCAAGCGAGGCCAGCCUAUAGUUGUUAUACCUCCCAAGUAGCACAGCACUGGGGCACGCGCUGGUGUGUGCACAUGGGGACCUUGGUGCUCUUGGUGUGGUGCACGUGAGUGGGAUUCCUGAGCCAAAGCAGACCUCUUGGGUUCACCUGCCUUUGUAGCUGGAGUUGGAAAUUCCUCAGUUGGAAAGAGAGCAUGAGCUUGGCCUGGCUGUGGAGAGGGGUUGCCGAGCUGGUGGAUUUCCCAGAAAGUGGAUUUAAGUGCUUCUAGGGCUUGUGGCUUGGAAAAAAGGCUGUCUUAUCUAACCAUUUCCUGCCUCCUUGCAGGGAAGUGUGAGGAGCAGGAGCAUGAUCAAACCGUGCCUGUGGCAAAUGCUGCUUUCCACCCCGUUAGCCGUAGUAGAGGAGCCCAUGCCUGCCAGACAUGGGGGGUUGUGCAGUCACCCUUCCCCUUGAUGUCUCUACCUAUGCAUUUCGGAUCGAUAAUCAGCACGCAGCCAUGCUGUCUGGGACUUGGAAAGACCUGGGAGCAGUGCGGGAGCUGGUGCCCAGCCAGAGCCCAGUGCCAGCAGUCAUCUCUGCCCAAGAGGGCCUUUCUGCAGCCGACUGGAAGCAGGACAUUAUGCAUGCGUCUUGGUGUGUUUGGAGUGGUUGUGAAUGUAGGAGAUGACAUAGUUCAUUCCUGUCUAGGAGUGAGACCUGAGGGCAAGUUAGAUAUCCUUUAGUUUUAUGGUGCACUAAAUCUUUGCAGUUCCCCCCCCUCCCCAUCCCUGCCAGCCAUUUCUUUUGCUGGAGCAAGAAUUAUCCUCAACCAGAAGAGAAAUCACAAGCGAUGCCUUUUCACACAGGCGAAGGAGAGCAGGCAGCUACUGAUGGUGUUUGCGUGGUAUCCAGAAAAGCUUGGAGGUACUCCAGGAUUUGGAUGCUUCCAUGAGUGUGUAGCAAGAGGUUGUGUGCUUGUUCAUUUUCCACCCGAAUGCCUGCUGGUGUGGGAAUUUUGAUCCUCAGCCACCCAUGGAGCAGUGCAGCAUGCAUGCAUGUGCAGGUUGCUCAUGCUGUUGCAGGUGUCUGGCAGGUUGCCUUUUUCCCUGCCCUGUGCCCUUUCCUCACUGCCUGGAUUGCUGGCGUCUUUCUGGUCUGUGGGGAGGUGCUGGUGCUGUGGGCUGCAAUGUACAGUUCCCUGCUUGGAGCAGGGGAGCAACAUUUCCCUUCUUUCAGCUGAGCCCUGGUGGUUGCACCUUCCUGGAUGCAGCAGAGGCAGAAGCCACAGUGGCUCUGUCCCCACCCAGGGGCAGCUUCAGGUGACCUGUGUUGUCACAGGGUCCUGGGCAGAUGAAUAUGGCUUUUGCUUCUUUUCCUGCUGUUUCCUGCUGCCAUACCUCCAGCUUGUGCCCCUGCCUUUGUGCAAUGAAGGUUUCUGCUGCUGUGGGGCUGUGAGGUAUUCGUGCACGGAGCUUCCUGCAUCCCCCAGGAGAGCCCGGGAAGUGUCUCACUGGCUACUCUUAUCAAAGCCUUUCUUGCAGCAUCAGAAGCACUUCCUUGAACCUGGGUGUCAGGCAGCCCAGCUCAGGGCUUCUUUGCUUCCCCCAAGAUGCAAAACCUGCUUCCCCUGCUGCAGAGGAGCCUUUCUUCUCAGUGUGCACACGCCUCGGGGCAGAGCCUUCCCACGGCAUGGCUCUGAAGUACGCACAAAUCCCUGCAAAGCUUCAGGUGCAGCUCGUGCUUUUCCAGGGUGAGACGCACACCCCUGGCAUCUGGGAGCUGCUCCCCACAAGCAAAGGGACUCCCGGGUGUCUUAGACCAAAAAAAUCCCUGUGAAAUCCCUCUGCUAUUUAUUACUCUCAGUAGGCUUUGCGACGGAUUCGGUUCUUAAUUAUUUUUCCUCUGGGAGCGUUGCACACCAACACCCCAAUGAAUGCUUUGAUGUGCUGUGGGCUCUGGUCCUGCUCCUCCUGCUCAGCCUGGUGCACACGGAGGGGUUUGGCAGUCUGGGAAGAGGCUGCUUUGGGUUAGCUGAGGGCUGCUUGAGUCCUCACUGUGAGAAAAGCCUGGAGGGAGAGCAGGCUCUGAGCUCUGGUCUGCUUUGUUUUCCUGAGCAGAGUUUCUGCGAGGAAAUGGUGAGCACUGGACACCUUGUUUUUGUGAGAUUCGGCCAGUGUUUUUGUAUGGACACGUGAUCAAAGGCAGUUUUAGCCAUUGCUGAUGUUUUGUUUAUCAAAAGUGUGUGUGGAAAAGCUGUUAGAAACUUUCGAUACAAUUUGCAUCAACAUUCGGGGGAGGAGGAAGAGGGGGACGUACCUUUCAGUGUGAAAUAAGACAGAUGUGUAUUGUUGACCUGCUAGGAUAGAAACAAUCCCAAAAGGAUCUAUAGGAUGAAACCCCUUCGCAGGGGCUGGAGGGUGGUUGAGCCCGAGGAAAUGGUGCAGCAAAGGGCUGUGUGGCACUGAAGCACAGAGGGAGAGAGAGAGGCAGAGGAGGGGCUGCAUCUCCUCGGGGUGUAGGGAGCGAUCAGCCCCUCAAAGGAUCUCCUUGCAUGUUCAAGUCUGGGGUCGCUUGCAGCUUGGCUGCACUUAUUUCUGAGGGCCCCAAUUGGCAGUCCCAGUGCUGGCUCUGGGAGGAGCACCUGGCCUUGGCUAUAAAACCACCCCGUGGGAUGCUAGCCCCUCCAGCACUCCAUCCCCAUCCCUGCUUGUAGCCGGCACCUCGUUAUCUCAGGGAGGGACAGGUCGCGCUUCCCCCUCAUCCCAAGGUGCCCCUUCUGCUCCAUCCCACGGUGGUUUCGUGGCCGUGCCCACACGCCACCUGGGCAUGGCACUACGGGAAGCACCCACCAAUCUCUCUGGGUUCAGAGCGUCGCUGCGGGUGCUGGGAAACGCCUGCGGGGCGGGCGGGUGAAGCCGGAGUGGGUGCCACAAGUGCCACCCCUGUCCUCGGCACCCAUGCGGACGCGGCUGCUUGCUCGCGUGCUCGGCUCACUUAUUUAUUUCUUAUUUAUUUCUUAUUUAUUUAUUUAAGGCGUAUUUAAGUUAUUUAUUUGUAUUUAUUGACAGCUGGAACUUGGGGGUCAUUUCUGCUGCGCGGCAGGGGUGGCUGGGUCUCUCCUGCGCAUUUUGGGAGCGCCAAUGGGGAGGGAUGCUCGUGGGCACCCCGCUCCCAUCCUAUCCCCCUUUGGGAGGGAGGGAGAGCUGGGGAAGAGGAAUCACAUGAGUGCCUGCAGGGAGGGCAUCCCAUGCCUGGCCUCUUCCUGCAGGACCUCGAAGCCCCCUCGUCCCCCUCAGGCGCUGCGCUCCCUCCCGUGCCCGUCUGUAUUUAUUGGCCUGGCCUCCUGGUGUUUUUCUGUUUGGCUCAUGCUGUACUUGAUGUUGCCAAUUUCUGGAGAUGGUGAUAAGAGCAAGGACGUGUGGGUGUCACUGCGGAGAAAAGACAAAAUCAGGUAUUCUGCUGUUGUGUGGGGAAAAUCGGAAGGAAGAGAAGACGAAAGCUGGUUUUGCAGAGUGCCUUAAACACAAAUGACUUUACGGAGUAGGGGGCUUGGACUUCUGUCUUUGGAUGUUAUUGCAAACUCGAACAAAAUGUUGCAUUUCACUUCUCUGGGAUUAAAAGAACAUUCAGUCUGUACUGGAACCAAA